AUGGGAGCUGCUAGCCUUUCGUCUACAACGGGCAACGCUGUCAAAGCCAAGGAAAUGCUUGACGAUGUCGAGCCUGGACUCACCAGACCCAAUUCAGCAAGCCCUGGGCAACCGUCUGAACAGUUCCAGGUCCAUGGAACAAGGCGAGAAAUCAAAACUCGCCACGCGCAAAUGCUUGCCAUUGGCGGCAGCAUCGGCACCAAUCUCUUCAUUGGCGUCGGCCAGGUCCUGGCCGUCGGCGGCCCUGGUCUCCUUCUCCUCGCAUUCGGCUUAAUGGCCAUCUUCGUCUACGGGAUGGUCACUCUCAUCUGCGAGCUCGGCUCAUUCGUUCCCGUUCCCGGAAACUCAAUGUCUGCACUGGGCAGUCGCUUUAUUUCGCGAUCAAUGGGUUUCGCUAUGGGUUGGCUGUACUUUUACUCCUUUGCUAUCAUCGUCGCCUACGAGCUCGCUGCCAUGGUUAUCAUUAUCGACUACUGGCCGAACAAUAUCAACCCGGCAGUAUGGAUAUCUGUUGGCUUCAUCUUCUUUCUGGUGCUGAAUCUCUGCCCAGUCGGCGUUUACGGCGAAUCAGAGUUCUGGUUCACGCUUGUCAAGAUUAUCAUGGCUACGGGGCUUUUACUCCUUUCUCUGGUGUUAAUGCUUGGUGGUGGUCCCACCCACGACCGUCUUGGAUAUCGCUACUGGUAUGACCCAGGAGCAGUCAAGUCCUACAUUGUCGACGGCGCCGGUGGCCGCUUCACUGCCUUUCUGUAUAUCUGGGUCUAUUCGGGAUUUUCCUUCUUCUUCGCGCCGGAGCAACUCAUUCUUGCUUCAGGUGAGAUGGUCAACCCGCGCAAGAACCUCCCUUCUGCUAGUCGGCGGUUCUUUUUCCGUCUCGUAUUCUUUUAUGUUCUCGGAGCUGCAGCAGUCGGUGUUAUUUGCCCAUCGAAUGCCCCGGGUCUCACAUCAGGGGCAGGAAAUGCCGACGCGUCUCCAUGGGUGAUUGCGAUUAGCAGCGCUGGCAUCGAUGUCCUUCCCUCCAUUAUCAACGCGGGUAUUUUGACAGCUGCUCUCUCAGCUGGGAACGCGUACCUCUACAUGUCAUCACGUGCCUUGUUUUCUCUCGCCACGGUUGGAGAUGCGCCCAAGGUCUUUACCCGUUGCACCAGCUGGGGCAUUCCAUUAUAUGCCAUCCUUGCUUCCAGCUGCUUUGGUUUCUUGGGGUUCCUCGUCCUUAACACCGAAGCAGGGCAAGUGUUCAACUGGUUCAUCAGCAUUACAAACACCGCCGGAUACACGUCUUGGAUUGCAUGCUGUGUCAUUUAUUUUCGCUUCCGCAAGGCAUGUGCAGAAAAGGGCGUAACUCCUCCUUAUCGCUCUGCUAUUCAGCCUUACGCUGCCCGAAUCUGCAUAGUGGUCUUUUCUAUCCUGCUACUUUGCAACGGCUUCACGGUCUUCUAUCCCGGAAGAUUCACGGCGAGUGGGUUUCUCACAACUUACAUUGGCAUCCCGAUUUUUGCCGCACUUUGGCUUGGCCACAAAUUCACUGCCGGAAGGCAUGACCCGUGGUGGCUCUCAAUCAGUGAUAUUGACCUGGUGACAGGUGUGGCCCAGGCUGAUGCUGAAGCUGAGAUGUGGAAUGCACUUGAAAAGGAACGUGAAGACAGCAAGUCCGCGAACAAGUGGACCAACCCGUUCAACAAAGUUCGAGCUCUUUGGAGUUAG